AUGUACUUCUUUAUUGUGACGGUUUUAUUAAUACUUUUAAUAUUAUACGCUGUCAAAACUAAAGAACCGGAACCUAUAUUUGGUAUAUACUGUUUGCCUGGAAAGUGGUAUUAUUUGAAAUAUGCAUUAUUUGCUUGCCUUUAUUAUUUCCAAAAGUAUUCGAAGAGGAACAAAGCCGUUGGUACGGACGGCAGGGCUGGACAAGGAGUAAAGGCAAUAGCUGAUCCAGCCGCCAUGGACCGUGCACAAUUGCUGAGCGACCAUUCGAAGGCCUUCGACGCUAUAUUCUUCAUAUCGGCGGCGAGCGACGAAAACAACAAAGGGUUGUACGUUAUUUCGGGUUGUGAGAGACGACCAAUGGGUAUGUGCAACGGGCUGUUCUAUAUUGGAUUGCCAGGCAAAGGGCUCCUUUGCAGCAAGAAGAUCCCGGACACCGUGCUGUUUGGCGCUCAAAUAGGGGAGUUCGCUGCGGAAGGCAUUAAAAUGGAGCCGCUCGAGCCCAUGAAGAGAUGGGCCGUGUCCUAUAAGGGGAAGAUGUGGUAUCAGAACGAACCCGGUAAACUAGUGGACGUGGAGUUCUCCGGCGAAUGGACCGCUACCAGCAAAUACUUCGACUACGACACCGACCUGCAUCCAGCAGCCGUCAUUCGAUCCAUCGCCAGAGAGAAGUGGAGCCGGCAAUACUUCGAGGGACUACGGACAGCGCACCAGUCGCAUUACGAGCAGUUCGGCGUGAUGAAGUGCAGGUUCCGAAUUGAGGAGGAAUCCUACGAGCUCACGCUACCUUCCUUCAGGGAUCACAGCUUCGGGCACAAACGCGACUGGAGCUUGAUGCACCGCUAUGCUUUCCACCACAUAUUCCUCGAAGACGGCACCAGCAUCAGCGUUGGUGUGAUCUGCCAACCGCUCACGGCCACCACAAUGGAGAUGGGCGUAGUGGGGUUGCCAAAUGGGGAGGUGCUGCCCGUGAAGUGGGUGGACCUGAAACUCUACCAGCACGGCGAGGGUGGUGACGCGCCGAGAGACUACGCUUUCCGGUUCCAAGGCCGAGGACAGAAUCUACACAACUCAGUACCACUCAAUGCCACCACCUCGCCUACCACUCGGAGCCUCGUCAUCGCCGCCAUCACCGUAAAUGACCACCGGCAGGUGCUCGUCGAGUACGAGUCGGUGCACUACGUGUCGAGCGAGUGGGAGGCGCGGAUGGUGGAGCGGUUCUGCGCGUACCGCGUGGACGGCGUGCGGGGCAGGGGCGUGUCCGAGUUCCACUACCGGCACUCGGGCGGCAGGCCCGAGGCGGCGGCCCGCGACGACCCCGAGUGGUACAGGAAAAUGUGCCACAAGGUG